AUGGGUGAUUCUAUUCCUUUGGAGGAUUUGAAAAAAGGUGCUGAUAUGGAAAACACUCAACAUUCAGGAGAGCCAAUGGGGGUUGAUUCAUAUUUUUCUAGCCUUGAUUUUUCCCAGGACCAUGAGUAUAUCAAUGAUUAUGGUCUGCAGACUGAUACACAUCAUCAGGAAGAAUUAAGACUCCUAGCUCAAAUGGGGGAUCUUGAUGAUCUCCACUUUGAUAUUGUUUCUCCUCCAUUUCAAGCUUUUGAGGAGGAGAACACAAUACUUUCCAGUGACAAACCUCAUACUUCACAACCAUAUGAUCCUCAAUCCGGGUGCUAUUCAUUUCCUUCACUCUCACUUGGGAUUCUGAAGAGUUGUAGAAGCAGAGUUGCAGCGUCUAAUGGACGAAAGGUAAAUGAGCUGUUUAGUGGGUCACAACAGCAGCCGACGCCCUUGCCACAGUUGUCAACUAAUCAUAUAAUUGAGUUGGCAGCUGGAAAUUUUCUUCACUCCUAUGCUGCAACAAAAAAUGAACCCUCUGCAACUGACCAUCCAUAUGCCAGUUCACUUUUGGGCCUCUCAACAGAUAAUGGUAAAGAUGUCCAACUUGUUCAGGACCUCCUCUCCUGUGCUGAAAAAGUUGGUAAUAAGCAGUACAAAUGUGCAAGCAAGCUCCUAGAAGAGGUUACCAAGCUGAGUUCUGAUAAGAUAAGUACCAUUCAACGAUUGGUGCAUUGUUUUGCGGAAGCUCUUAAGGAGAAGAUUGAUAGGGAAACUGGAAGAAUUUCUGGAGAAGGCAAGUUCUCAUUUAACAUGAUAGCCGCAAGCUCGGCUACUGCUGCGUUGCAGAGAAACUUACCUGUAACACAAGUUGCUCAAUUUACUUGUAUUCAAACAAUUAUGGACCAUUUAUCAUCGAGUAGAAAGCUCCACAUUAUUGACCUUGAAAUCCAUUGCGGUCUUCUAAUGGUCAUUUUAAUGCAAGAACUAGCAUCAAGAUCUGAUGAUCCAAUUGAGCAUUUCAAGAUAACUGUUGUGGCAACCAACUCAAUAUCUUUGAUUGAGGAGACGGGCAUUCGUCUAAAAGGUGUGGCUGAGUCCUUGAAGCUCAACUUUUCUUUCCAUGUGGUCAUGUUAGAGGAUAUCAUCAGUCAGCCACAAAACCUCUUUCAUCUGGAUGCUGAUGAAUCAGUCAUAGUUCACGCAGCGUAUGCCUUGCAGUAUAUGAUUUCAAAACCAUCUCAACUGGAGACGCUUAUGAGAAGUAUAAGAUGGACCAAGCCUCGUGUGAUGAUCAUCACCGAAACAGAAUCCAAUGUGAAUUCCCCUAUUUUUGUCAAUCGUUUUGUAGAAGCGUUUUUUUACUUUGACGCUUUUUUUGAUUGUAUCGGAGACUGUCUGAAGAAUGAUACUGCAGAUAGAAUGUUGGCUGAGUCAAGUCUCUUUAACCCUGUAAUAAGAAACAUCGUGGCAACUGAGGGAGAGGAUAGAAAUGUUAGAACUGUGGACAUAAACAUCUGGAGAACAUUUUUUGCAAGAUUUGGCAUGAUAGAGACAGAGCUUAGCAAGGCAGCUAUCAAUCAAGCAAGAUUGAUAUGCAAAAAGAAGGAGUUUGGAGAUUCUUGCACACUAGGUCUGCGCGGAAACUGUCUCACACUUGGUUGGAAAGGAACACCAGUGUGUUCGAUAUCUGCAUGGAAAUUCCAUGGCAGGCGGUCCAUGAGAAGAUUUGGAAUGUAG